AUGAUCCCCGAGUACGCUCGAUGGGGCUUCACGGCGUUUUUUUCGUCGCAUCUCCUGAUUACGCUUCUUCUAGAUGUCCAGGCACUCCCCAUCGGAGAAAACUUCCCGCAGGUUCUGAAGGGGAUAAUGGAGUUUCACGUCGAGACCAACAACGACUACUUCAUGGCCAAGCCUACUGCACCCUGGUUCGCGGCGUUAGUGUGGCUGGAGCUCCUGUGCCAGUGGUGCCCAUUAUCGGAGAUAUUCUCGCUUCGUCGGAGGUCACUGACCCGCAGCGGUACAAGCUCAUCUGCAUAUACAUGCCAUGGUUGAUACUGCCCUUGGUCUUGGCGCUGAUGAUGGCGUCGUCUCCAACCCCGUUCGGCCCUGGCUCUCCACACCCCAGGGUGUCCAAGCAACAAUAGGCAUGGUCCAUCUCCAGUUUAAGGCUGGGAAGCGCGUUGGGUGCUUCAGGGUCGUUCUCGACCGGCGCGUCCGUAUGUAUGGAGUAUCGGAACGCUCACGCUCGUCCUUGUUGGCGUAGCUUUCGAGGUAGGGAUGCCGGCCAAAAAAAUAGAGCGGGCCUGGCCCGACUUGGCGAUGCCCUUGGCUGGGCGGUGAUGAUCGGGUAACCGAGAGCGUUUGAUGUCUCGGUGCGGCCAGCUGCAGAGCUCGUGUUUCGUUGCCACGUCCUUGUUCUGGGGCCUCCCGGGUAGUUCCACUUCACUGAGAAGACUGCGGCGAACUACGAAUACGAAACGGUCGGUUUAGUUGGUGUUUUUUGACAUGGAGGAAGCAUGGUUAUGUUGAUGUGAAGUCAAAGAGGAAUAGGCUGCUUG